AUCCAAAAGACAAACAUUGCUUCUACAAAUCCAAAUGCAUAUUUUUUAUAUAUAAAACGCAUAACACUUCAUCAACCUCACAGCCAUUUGUAUUUUUCUUCCCUUGGCAGAUAGUUUUCUCCAUCUAUCCGAAUCGCUUUCACUCACUCGCUUCAUGACUCGGCGCAAGCGAUCAUCAUCAUCUUCUUCUUCCUCGACCAAGAAAUUCGAGGUUUUCGAAUUCAAUGACGAAGACGAGAACGUCGAGAAGACCUCUCGGAAGAUUCUCCGCAAGUUCGCAAACCCUAGCACUAGUAGUAGCAGGUCUCGCUCUUCCACCGUCACCAAAUACGACUUCCUCCAAGCCUUGGCGAGCGGUACCAAUUCCAAACCUCUCUCCGAUGACGUUACCGCCGAUCCUAUUGACCUCGAUUCCGAGCAAGAAGAAGAAAUGAAGCGCUCACCGGAGGAAGUUGCCAACAAACCCUUAGAGGUUGUUGUUGAUGAUGAUGGUGGUGGUGGUGGUGGUGGUGGUGGUGGUGGAGAUGGCGGUGUUGUUGAUAAUCGAGGAAAAUGUGAUAAUCGGUGUUCAAUAGACACACCGCUGCUAGACUCCGCUGAUGAAGAGAUUCCAGGCCACACUGAUUUCGCUGAAAGCGAUUUGGACUCGAAAAAUCAGUCACUUGAUGUGGUUUCUGAUGACGGCGAUAGUAAUCAAAUGAGUUCCUCUUCGACUUCAACUUCAAAUCCCUCAGAAGAUGAAGUUAAUUUCGAAGAGCAGCUAGUGGAGGAUGAUUCUGCUGCAUUUGAAAUUAAUGACAUAGAAAAGGUGGUUGAUGUCAUCCCUAAUUUUAUUCAAUAUGAGGAUUUAUAUUCCACUAGGUCUCGAUUAACAUUCUCAUGCAACUCCCUGAAACUUGAAGGCUCAACAAACAAUGGAACUAGGGAAUCUUUUAAAAUUGAGUGGGCAACUGAAGAGAUUAGAAAAAUUGAAUCGUGUUGGUUUGGAAAUAUUGAAACAGCCUCAAUCAACCUUCUCCUUAAACCCAAAGAUUUUACAGAAGCUGGAAAUACAAAUCAAAAUCCAGGUUUUAAGCUGUUGAAAUUCGCUGUUUAUGAUUCAUGUUGGUACAAGGCAGAAGAGGCAAUCAAACUAUUGGACAUGAGAUACACAGAUAUAUGGAGUACAUUUCUUGAUGUUGAUGCAGAUAACAGUGGAAGUAUUUCUGCAUUGGGGCAGGACUGCUUUUUCUCUCAAAAACAUUAUUUUCCCAACUUUGAUGAGGCCUUUGAUGAGGUUAUUUAUCCAAAGGGGGAGCCUGACGCUGUUUCUAUUAGUAAGAGAGAUAUUGAGCUUUUACAGCCUCAGACAUUCAUUAAUGAUACUAUCAUUGACUUUUAUAUCAAGUAUUUGAAAAAGAAACUCCCAACUGAUGAACAGAACAGGUUUCACUUUUUCAAUAGCUUCUUCUUUCGUAAGCUUGCUGAUUUAGACAAAGAUCCAUCAAGUGCUUGUGAUGGUAGAGCAGCAUUUCAACGUGUACGCAAAUGGACAAGAAAAGUGAACCUUUUUGAAAAGGAUUAUAUCUUCAUUCCUGUAAACUACAGUCUUCACUGGAGUUUAAUUGUCAUUUGUCAUCCGGGUGAAGUGUCAUGCUUCAAAGAUGAAGAAAUUAAGGAAUCUUCCAAAGUACCUUGUAUCUUGCACAUGGAUUCCCUAAAAGGAAGUCAUAAAGGUCUCAAGAAUGUUUUCCAAAGUUACCUAUGUGAAGAAUGGAAAGAGAGGCACAGUAAUGUAGUGGAGGAUGUUUCUUCUAAAUUUUUACAUCUGAGAUUCAUCUCACUUGAGCUGCCUCAGCAGGAAAAUUUAUAUGAUUGUGGCCUCUUUUUGCUCCACUAUGUGGAACGUUUUCUGGAAGAAGCUCCAAUCAACUUUAACCCUUUCAUGAUAACGAAGUCCUCCAUCUUUUUGAACAGCAAUUGGUUCCCUCCACUGGAGGUUUCUCUGAAACGAUCUCAUAUACAGAGCGUAAUUUAUGAUAUAUUUGAAAAUAAUUCUUUGCAAGCACCUCAUACUGAUUGCCUUGACAAAGAUCUUCUUUUAGAAGACCCUGCCAUUAUUGUCAAUCCCAAACUGGAAGAAGAUUCCCUAAGGGGUUGCUGUUAUCCAACAGCUUCACCCAUAAGAGUUGCAUCAUGUUUGACAGGACCUGGACUUGUUUCCAAGGACUUAGUGGCUGUUGUAACUUCACGUUCUGCUUGUCUGCAGAUGUCAGCAUGUCAUCAGAGGGGCUUCCUGUCACCAUUAGAGGAAAUUGAAGAGUCUAGUGAGGAGACUGUUUUAUCAUUAGAGAGAGAAAAUUCUCAAGUUGGUAUAUUGGCAUAUGAUUUCCCAGCCACAUAUGUCAGCAAUGAUCAUGGAGCAUCAGAAACAUUUCAGGUUGGGUUCUCUGUAAAUUUUGUGGAAGCUGUUGAGAGCCAUUCUCAUUCAAGAACAUCUACUGGUGUAUCCUGGAUCCCAUCGAAUACAGCUACUCAUGAAGACCAGCCUCUUGAGAAAAUCGAAGAGUCCAGCAUUCCUGAUAAGACAGCGCUUGAGUAUUUAUCAACCUCAGUCUCUGGUGAGGAGCUUACAGACUACACUGUUCCGGAUUCUCCUGUCGCAAAUGAUGUUGAUGUGAGUGUUGAAUCUCAUUCCUCAUUCCGGAAUAAUAUGAAUUCAGUAACCCAUCAAAUAUUUGAUCUGACUCACAAUACGAGUCUCGAAGAUAAUACUUUAGUUAGCAAGGAAGAGUCACUAGCAUUUGAAUCUGAUGAACGAGAUGCCAAGAGGCCUAAGCUUAUGAAUGCAGGUGGUCCAAGUCGUAGAUUCACUAGAAGCAUGGUAAAAAAAGCAUGUGUAAUGUCUUGUGAAUAGUGUUAGUAGCAGCAGGGUGGCUAUAAGCAAAUUAAAUGUUAAUAUAUUAAAGAAAGCAUUAACCGCAAAUUAAAAAGGUUUUGGUCGUAUCAACAUAGCCCCGAAUGGUGGAGCAUUUUGUGUAAACCCCUUGCCUCACCACUGCAGGAUGACGUAUAAAAAUGUAUAAUUUUGGUGGGACUGUUUAAAUAAUUUAGACAAAGCCGCUCAUAUUUCGUCAUUGUGUAAAUUUGAAAGUAUCGUUUAGCCCUUUCAAAUGUGGUGGAUCUAUAUAUCAUCUAACAUUUGUACAACAAAUAAAUCGAUAGUAUUUAAACUCA